GGUAGCAGCAAAGUAAUAUCUAAAUUCCGGUUGGUAGAUAUUGUAGAUAGGGCAAUUGGAUAUAAAAAAAAGUACCGAGAAAAUAUAUAUCUUGUCUGCAAAAAAAAAAAAAGAAGAAUAUAGGAGAGUGAUGUUGUUCAAGAAUUGAGAGGAAUAAAAGUACUUAUUUGUUCAGCUGAGAAGAGCGUAAAACUCAUCCCGAAACUAAUCUAGAGAGUUGUGGCAGAGAUGGCAGAGGCUGCAGUCGAAGAGAAUGUGAGAUUCUACUGUCAUAUGUGCAACAUCAGAUUUGUGAGCACCUCACAAAAUUUCAAAUGUCCACAAUGCUCAGACGGCUUCGUAGAGAAGCUGGAAUCCUCAGCACAAAACGACGAAAUGGAUAUCGACGAGGGUACUCAUGAUGGAUUUUACAAUGUAAAUGUAAUCAGGUAUGGUCCUAAUAGAGGAAGACGAUUCCAUCAUAGGAUACGAUCAAGGCCUAUAACAAGAUUGCAGACGCCGCACUUGAUGCAACCGCAGACUUUCGAGAAUCUCAUCCAGGAAAUCAUCGUUAAUUUGGGUGUGGGCGUGAACGUAAUGGGUGGCAAUGGUAAUAUGCAAUUUGUUUUCGGCAAUCCGGGCGAUUAUGCAUGGGGCCGUGAAGGAUUGGAUGCCAUCGUCACGCAACUUCUCAACCAAAUGGAUACGCCGGGUCCACCGCCUUUAGCCAAAGAUAUAAUUGAUGCAAUCCCAGUGGUGGAUGUAAGCAAAGAACAGGUGGACGCGAAGCUGCAGUGCUCAGUGUGCUGGGAAGCUUUCCAGCUGAACGAGAAAGUACGGCAAUUGGCUUGCCAGCACGUGUACCAUGAACCGUGCAUCAGACCAUGGUUGGAACUGCACAGCACGUGCCCGAUUUGCAGACAGGACUUGGGCACCGAUGAACCACCAGCAAACGGUUCAUCCGAGACAGCCAAUUCAGGAGGCAUCACUCUGCAAAACACUUUGCAGCAUCUAUUUCAAGUAGUGCAGAACUCGCGAGGCGGCAGUUCCUCCACAUCAGAGCAACACGAGAGUCAGUAGUUUUAAUGUCACAAGAGUGAAUAUUUAAACAAACAAACAUAACGAUAAUUACUUGAGACACAUAAGAAAUUUAAGGACUGCUUGUAAUUGUAAUUUGAAUCACUUCAGGUUUUCUUUCUUUUUUUUUUUCCUCCUUCUUCUUUUCUUUUCAAAGUCGAUGUAUGAUAAUAAAAGUUUAGUUAAAGUAUCAUUGAUUAAAUGUAAUGUAAAUGUAUCUAUAAGUUAACUUAUAUAUAGAUAUAUAUUGGCAAGUAUAUAUAUACAAGUAUAUAUAACAUAAUUCCAUUAAUAUAAUUUAAUGUAAAUAUACUGUGUAUAGUCGUGUAAUUUGUAAGUGAUUUGUUAAAGAUUUAUCAGUGGAGGAUUUUAAAUUAUUUGUUUGUUUUUUCUUCUUUUGCAUUGUUAUAGAAUUAAUUAUGGAUUAUUCUUGGUUUAUGUGUUAAGAGAGGACUUACGAAGCUUUCGAACAUUUUAUAAAGUAACAUUUGCGUGUAUUUGCGAACUAUUUAAAUAAAUAAACGAGUACGACGAGAA